UCUGUUUCCCUGGAGACGCUCUCGGCGUCUGCACCCAGCCAGGGCACCAACCUUGGAUGAGAGUAUCCUGUCCAGCACCCACCGCCUGCAGGAGCUUAGUCAGGGGACACAGAACCACAGUCCCAGAGCCAGUUUUCUGAGGUUUGUGGGGCAAGGCUGGAGACAGGACCUGGUCGGCUCCCCGGAGAGUGGGCUGCUUUUCCUUCCCAAGAACCCAUUCCUCCAUUACCUGGGCCUCAGCUUCCUGAGAGAAAGGGCCCUCCCUCUCCACUCACCCCCCAAAAUCAAUCCCCUCCCCAGAGGAGCAGAAGGUGCUCUUCUUGCCCCCUUAGACUACCUGGUCCGUCAAGAAAAAAACGUAUAUAGGUACAGCAGACCUGCUCAGAGAGGAGUCUGAGAGCCCAAAGCAGUCGAUUAUCUGCAAAUCCCCCAAUGGCCACCUUUCCCCCACUCUCCAUGACUCGUACAAAGCUUGCAGUCUUAGCCAGGCAGAAGCUUCCGUGUUCUUCAAAAUCAAUCCCAAGGGCCCAGUUGAUCAAAGAGAAAGAUGACAUAGAUUAUUACCUGGAGCAGAAUAUCAAAGGGCUGUCGAAGGAAGAGGUUGCUGCCCACAGGAACUCAUACAAGAAGAGCAUCUGCGUGGACAUGCUGCGAGAUGGCUUCCACAAGUCCUUCACCGAGCUCUUCAGUCUGAUGGAACAGUGGGACAAGCUUCGGGAAGCUGCGCAGGCGCGGUCCCUCUUCUGGCUGCAGAGGCCUCUGGAGGACCAGCCAGACAAGUUGGACAAUUUCUACCACUACCUGACCAAGGCCGAGGCUGCGGAAAGGAAAGGGUACUAUGAAGAGGUGUAUAACAACCUGUAUGCGCUGGCCUGUUAUUUCGAUAACUCUGAGGACAAGUGGGUGAGGAAUCACUUCUACGAACGGUGUUUCAAAAUUGCUCAGCUGAUCAAAGUUGACGGUGGGAAGAAAGAAGCGGAGGCAGAGGCCCACAUGGGUCUUCUUUACGAGGAAGAGGGUGAGCUUCUGAAAGCCGCAGAGCAUUAUGAAGCAUUCCAUGAAUUGACACAGGGACGGUUAUGGAAGGAUGCGACGGGUCAGUUCCUCAACUUGAUAGCCUGUGAAAGUCUCGUGAGAACCUACAGACUGCUCUCAGACAGGAUGCUGCAAAACAGGGACUACAAACAGGCCAUCAAAAUCCUCAUCAAAGCUUCCGAGAUAGCCAGAGAAGGAAAUGACAGAAGCAUGGAAGGAGAGGCUUCUUACUACCUGGGCUUGGCCCACUUGGCUUCUGGAGAAUAUGAAACCGCACUAUCAGUGCUCGAUAGAUACAGUGAGAUCUCCACAAGCUUGGAUGAUGAACUUAGCCUAGGGAGAGCCUACGAAGCGAUGGCCAAGGUCUUGCAGAGCCAAGGAGAGAUGACAGAAGCAAUUAAAUACCUGGAGAAGUUCGUCGUAAUUGCAAGAAACAACUUCAAAAGCCUGGAUGUGAUUCAAGCGUGCACGAUGCUGGGUGACAUCUACAAUGAAAAGGGGCAAUACAACAAGGCUUCCGAUUACUUCCAACAAGCUUUCAGCACCGCCAUGGAGGUCACGAAAACGACGCUCAUGGAUGAAACCAAAGUCCACUAUGGGAUAGCCAGAGCCCACCAGAUGAUGCUGACGAUGAACGGUUACAUCGAAUCUGCUGACAUGAACAGCCUCAACUGCCUGCUGUCCUGGAAGGAGACUAGAACUCAAGUCGAAUAUGACCCCAUUCUGGGGGAGGCUAGAAAAGCCACGGAAGACAACAUAUAUCAAUUCCCAGACGCUCAGGAGGAAACAAGAAGAUCUCCAGAAAAUCAAUAAAGUGAAACUCCAGUGACUCAACAUCAGAGCAAGAAGAAACUUAGCUAUAGCCUUAGACCUCGUUAGAUAGGAGCACGAAACAAGUGAUAGGGAGUUAUAAAAAAGAUUAGGGUUGCUUUUAUUGAAUUUUAUUCUGCCGUGACUAUGGCAAGUUUAUGAAGAUCAAGUACAGCUUAAAUGAUUAGAACGAUCAACAGUUACUCAUAAAAUAAACUCUAGAAUGUCUCCUCAUACACUUUACUCAAGAACUCCAGGAGUUUUAAUCUAAGUUGUUUUUGAUUGCAAGAUAUUUACGAGUUAAAGAAAUCUUUCACGCUGAAUACAUACACGAUAGUCUGCUAAAAUCCCAAGGAAACCUCAGCAUACACAAAGGGCCACGAGCAGUCUGGGCUUGGCUUGCUAAAUGCUGCUCCAUUUGCUUUAUGUGAGGAAACUUAAAUUCAUGGCGUGCUUGGCUGACAGAACACAGCCUGACAUACCCAUGUGCACUGAGACAGUGGAAAAUCCAUCGGUCUCAGGGACCUUUGCUGGUGUGCUCGCAACUGAAAGACUGAAGCUGAGAGGGUUGCCUCUGGAGCUUAUGGAGGCCCUCAGGUGAAUCCAUAAAGGUAGUGCAUUACCAAGAAUAAAGACCUUAUUCCCUUUCAA